UGUCACAUUAUUUCACCUUAAAAUGCGGUUAACAUAUGUUGUAUAAAAGAUAUAUAUAGUUGUUAGGGUUAUCCUUGUAUCAAAGUCCAACUCGUAUCUAUUUUAAAUUGUGUUGAUCAAAAAGAUUUCAAAUUGUUUAUGAGAAUGUGACAUGCGUAUUAAUAGAAUAGCUGUCAUCCUAAAAUUAGUAUAAAUCAUUAAACAUAGCCUUGUUUAAAGGGAAAUAAGUUUGGAUUUUAUACUUCACAUGACAAUUAUGAUGGAGGAUACAGUUAUGCGGAAAAGAAAACAUGUUAAAAAGUUAAAUUGUGAAAAUGAUAGUUCGAAUAAAUCUAAAUCAGAAGGACUGUUAUUAGAACCGUCACGUGAUAGGUGUUAUUCAUCGACAUCUUCUAGCGAGUUCGACAGUGGCGUUGAUGAUGUCAGACCACAUAAACCGAAGAGAAGUCUUUCAGAAUAUGCCAAGAAGCGGAAGAGGCCUUUGGUUAGACGGAAUUCCGCACCAGAGAACCACAGCACAUUUUCGGAUAUUCUUUCCGGCUCCCGUCGCAUGGUUACAAGUGCUGAAGAUUUUGUAAAACAUGUCAUUGAAGCCGGAUGGAAUCUUGUACAUCAUCACCACCUUCCAGACUGGUUACAGGACAAUGAAUAUCUGUUGUUCGGACAUAGACUUCCGCUUAAUUCGUUCCGAGCAUGUUUUAAAUCUGUAUUCCAGAUCCAUACAGAAACAGGAAACAUUUGGACACAUCUACUUGGUAUGAUAGCGUUUAUAAGUAUAGCAGCCUAUACUCUCAGCAGUAGAUACAUUGACUGGAUGUGGCAGGACAUCACCGUUCAUAGUAUAUUCUUUGGAGGAGCCAUUUUAUGCCUUACCUUCUCCUGGGUCUUUCAUACAGUGUUUUGCCAUUCUGAAAAUGUCAAUAGAUUGUUUAGCAAAUUGGAUUAUUGUGGUAUAGCAUUGCUUACAGUUGGAUCUUUUGUGCCAUUCCUUUACUAUUCAUUCUUCUGUCAUCCUGUUGCACACAUGGUUUACCUAGUGUCUAUAAUUAUUCUGGGAACGAGCUGCAUCGUUGUUUCACUGUUUGACAAAUUUGCCACACCAGCAUAUAGACCUCUUCGAGCAGGUUUAUUCAUUGCCCUCGGUCUGACAGGUGUUAUACCAACUAUACACCUGGUCAGUAUUGUGGGAAUAUAUCCAGCAAUGUAUGAAUAUGGAGUACUGCACCUUUUAACAAUGGCUUUCUUGUACAUAGGAGGUGCUUUAAUGUACGCAUUUAGAGUACCAGAAAGUAUUUAUCCUGGGAAGUUUGAUAUCUGGUUUCACAGUCACCAGAUAUUCCACUUGUGUGUAAUCGCUGCUGCAUUGGUUCAUUUUAGAGGAUUGCAAUUAAUCUCUAAUACCAGACAUAAUCUUACAGAAUGCGGAGUUCAUUAACGGCUGUUGUUUUAGAUAAACAUGAAUGAUGCUCCGUAUAUCAACGGUUUUAACAUAGGCGACAGCUAAUGUUGUAUAAAAGACAUAUACAUGUAGUUCAGAAUUCAGAUAGGUGAAACAUGUCUGUCUGAUAUUUAUCAACAUUAACUUUGACACUAAAAUGAGCUAAUUUACUGACUUUUGCACGUGUCAGAUGAAAUGCAAAGCACACUGUCAAAUGAACCUAUACAAGAGAAAGAACGUUCAAGUCACUUUACAUUUAGACAGUCUUGGGUUUAUGAUAUUACCACUGGUCCUAAUCUUUUGAUGGCCUUCUUCCAUAUUUGUAUAUAUCCAUGAAAAAUGAAAUGAGAGCUUAUUGUGUUGGAGAAAAAAACUGCUGUGUACUGAAAAAUACAGUGAGGUGAGCUCGGUUUGUGAGCAUGCUUUUAGAACUUAGGUCGAUCUAUUCCCCGUCCAAUUUGAGACGUACAAACUGGCACAUAUCGCUUCCUUUACUUGGCUUUCAGUGUUAAUGGGGAGAGACGGAAUCUUUAUUCUUCCCAUGUUUAAGUUCAUUGUUAAUUUACGUUGACUUGACCGCAUACAAUCAACUUAUUUCGUUUCGCCUUUAGAAUAUCUCUAGUUUGACUACUAUAGUAUAAAUUUUGCAUCAAGAGGAAACUUUAUUUCACUAUAAUAAGGGAACCAAUCUAUUACAUAUACCAUGACAAAUAAAAAUAGUGUAUAAAGUUUAUGUCAAUAAAGCAGUUUCAUGACAUAACUUUAUACUAGUACAUCCUCUAAACAUUAAUUCCAUUUUGCUUAACUGCUUUCUGAUUUGAUCAUUAGAAUUCAAAUUAUAUACAAGUAAUGGACAAACGAAUUAGCUAUGGUAUAAUAAGUUGUAAUAAAAUUAUAUCAUCUUGUUUAGAGUUUAGUUUACGUUUCACUAUAACAAAAUCAAUCGAAGUCUUCAAAAUUUUAAAUAAUUUAAAAAUUAAAAAUGCUAAUUUCAUGUUAUGAUUUAUUGUGAUGCAUUGACAGUUAGGUUUCUCUAUUACGAAUUAUUGAAUGAACAUCAUUGCAAAGAAAAUUGAAAUUGCUAUAAAUUGCACUAAUUUGUCUACAAAAAUAUAUCUUAACAUGCACGGAAUACUAGUCGUCAAGUUAGACUGCGCGUCCUUGCACAACUCUUUUUUAUUAAUUGUUUUAUUUAGUGUUUGUUAUAUAUGAUAUAUCUGACUAUCCUUUUGCGAUUAUUGAAAUGUUUUUGCUCAUAAUGAAAUGAUUUAUGUGAAUAAAUAUAGAUGAAUUUU